AUGUCACCACGCCCGGAGAUUAAAGCAGGUGUUGGAUUUAAAGCUGGUGUUAAAGAUUACCGAUUAACUUAUUACACUCCAGAUUAUCAAACUAAAGAUACUGAUAUUUUAGCAGCAUUUCGUAUGACUCCUCAACCAGGAGUACCAGCUGAAGAAUGUGGAGCUGCUGUAGCUGCGGAAUCUUCUACUGGUACAUGGACUACUGUUUGGACUGAUGGACUUACUAGUCUUGAUCGUUACAAAGGUAGAUGCUAUGCAAUUGAACCAGUUGCUGGAGAAGAAAAUCAAUAUAUUGCUUAUGUUGCUUACCCAUUAGAUUUAUUUGAAGAAGGUUCUGUUACUAACUUAUUUACUUCUAUUGUUGGUAACGUUUUUGGAUUUAAAGCUUUAAGAGCUUUACGUCUAGAAGAUUUACGUAUUCCUCCAGCUUAUUCUAAAACUUUCCAAGGCCCACCUCACGGUAUUCAAGUUGAAAGAGAUAAAUUAAACAAAUAUGGUCGUCCAUUAUUAGGAUGUACUAUUAAACCAAAAUUAGGUUUAUCUGCUAAAAACUAUGGUAGAGCUGUAUACGAAUGUCUUCGUGGUGGACUUGAUUUCACUAAAGAUGAUGAAAACGUAAACUCUCAACCUUUCAUGCGUUGGAGAGACCGUUUCUUAUUCUGUGCAGAAGCUAUUUACAAAUCUCAAGGUGAAACAGGUGAAAUUAAAGGGCAUUAUCUAAAUGCUACUGCAGGUACUUGUGAAGAAAUGAUCAAAAGAGCUCAAUUUGCUAGAGAAUUAGGUAUGCCUAUUGUUAUGCAUGACUACUUAACUGGUGGUUUUACUGCAAAUACUAGUUUAGCUCACUAUUGUCGUGACAAUGGUUUACUUCUUCACAUUCACCGUGCAAUGCACGCAGUUCUUGACCGUCAAAAAAAUCACGGUAUGCACUUCCGUGUAUUAGCUAAAGCAUUACGUUUAUCUGGUGGUGACCACAUUCACUCCGGUACUGUAGUAGGUAAACUUGAAGGGGAACGUCAAGUAACUCUAGGGUUUGUUGACUUACUUCGUGAUGACUAUAUUGAAAAAGAUAGAAGUCGUGGUAUUUACUUUACUCAAGAUUGGGUUUCUCUGCCAGGUGUUUUACCAGUAGCUUCCGGUGGUAUUCACGUUUGGCACAUGCCAGCGUUAACUGAAAUCUUCGGAGAUGACUCUGUAUUACAAUUUGGUGGUGGAACUUUAGGUCACCCUUGGGGUAACGCACCUGGUGCAGUUGCUAACAGGGUUGCUUUAGAAGCUUGUGUACAAGCUCGUAAUGAAGGACGUGACCUUGCUCGCGAAGGAAAUGAGAUUAUUCGUGAAGCUGCUAAAUGGAGUCCUGAAUUAGCUGCUGCUUGUGAAGUUUGGAAAGAAAUUAAAUUUGAGUUUGACACAGUUGAUACUUUAUAA